AUGUUUGAGGACGUGGGACUGGCUCAAAGUUCAGAUCAGCCCUUAUCUUCUGGAAUGUGUGCGAGGGGCCGAUUCCUCCGGCGAGGUUCCAUUCGGUGCCGGAUUCCAGAAUAUUGCAGAGUCCUAGAGGAGAGUGAGAUAUCAGAGCAUUGUUUUGAUCUGAUUUUUGCCUUUGAUGAGAUUGUCGCCCUGGGUUAUCGUGAGAAUGUGAACCUAGCGCAGAUCCGAACCUUCACAGAAAUGGACUCCCAUGAAGAAAAAGUUUUCAGAGCUGUUCGAGAGACUCAAGAACGUGAAGCAAAAGCAGAAAUGCGUCGGAAGGCUAAAGAAUUGCAACAGGCUCGUAGAGAUGCCGAAAGGCAAGGCAAGAAAGCUCCUGGCUUUGGUGGGUUUGGCAGUGGAGGAAUCUCUGGUGGCUCAGCGGCAUCAAUGAUAACUGAUGCCAUCAUCGAACCGGAGAAACCCAAGAUGACGCCAGCAGUAAUGAGACCUUCUGGUCCAAGCAAGGCCUUAAAACUCGGGGCAAAGGGAAAAGAUGUGGAUAAUUUUGUAGACAAGCUGAAGUUGGAAGGAGAACAGAUUAGUUCCUCAACAAAACGUACGUCAGAAGCAGCUAAAGUGCUAUCACCUCCUGUUAACAUAGAAAGUGUACACUUGAAGAUUGAAGAGAAGAUAUCACUGACAUGUGGCCGGGAUGGCGGCUUGCAAAAUAUGGAGGUACACGGCAUGAUCAUGCUCCGGGUUAGCGAUGAAAAACAAGGAAGAAUUCGCCUUCAAAUAGAAAAUGAUGACAAAAGAGGAGUUCAGCUACAGACUCACCCGAAUGUGGAUAAGAAACUUUUCACUACAGAAUCUUUGAUUGGCCUAAAGAACCCAGAGAAAUCCUUUCCACUGAAUAACGAUGUUGGAGUUCUGAAGUGGAGGUUGCAAACUAAUGACGACGCCUUUAUUCCCCUCGCCAUUAACUGCUGGCCUUCAGAGAGUGCCACUGGUUGUGAUGUAAAUAUUGAGUAUGAGCUACAAGAAAGCACCCUGGAACUAAAUGAUGUGAUCAUCUCCAUUCCUGUUCCGUCUGGUGUUGGUGCCCCAUUAAUUGGCGAACUUGAUGGUGAGUAUCGCCAUGACAGCAGGAAAAAUAUUCUCGAGUGGUGCCUACCUGUCAUCGAUGCCAAAAAUAAGACUGGCAGCUUGGAGUUCAGUAUAGCUGGGCAGCCCAGUGAUUUCUUCCCAGUCAAUGUGUCUUUUGUGUCCAAAAGGAACUACUGCAAAAUACAGGUGAGUGGAAUCAGUCAUGUCGACAGCAGCAGCCCUGUGAGGUUCUCUAUGGAAACCAUAUUAUUGGUUGACAAAUAUGAAAUAUUGUAAAAAGAAAAAUCAAUGCACAACAGAUAUCCAGAAAUCACACGAUCAGAUGUCGCUGAACUGCACACCAGUUUGAAGACCCUAAACUUCAAAAUUAAAAUUGCACAGUGUUUGUGUAUUUGAAAAAGGUUCAGAGCGCCUAGACAACAAUGUGGUUUAUUAUCUGUUAUUCAAACCUGACAACUAUUCUCAUCUGAAAAAGGAGUUUGAUAUUAAUAUUUUAAUUAACCAACAAGUAAACACUUGUCUUUGUUUUGAAAAGGGGGGAUGGAUGGGUGGGUGGGAGGGGAUGACGUUUGGUAGCACCUACAGUGUCAUGUAUUUCAGCUACAGCAUCUGUUAUUCCCUAUCAUAUUGCCUCCUCGGCUGUAAUUAUUGUUUUAGCUCUUCUGUUGAGUUAGUUUCCAACGUAAAGUGACUUUUUCUUUUUCUUUUUUUUUUGGAUUUGGAUGAAAGAUGAUUAAAGCAGAAAUUUUGUAACCCUGUAAAGUGUAUAAGAGGGAAUAUGACAACAUUCCAGUGUAAAAAGGUUUAACAAAAAAUUGUAAUCUUUAAAAAUGAUUAAAAGUAUAUUAUGAAACCCAA